AUGGGUAACGAAAAUCGCGAGCUUCACGUAUUCUUCUUCCCUUACCCUGCAAAUGGCCACAUCAUACCAUGCGUGGACUUGGCCAGAAUCUUCGCUUCAAGAGGAAUAAGAGCCACCAUAGUCACUACACCCCUCAACGUUCCCUUCAUCUCCCGAACCGUUGGAGAGGCCAACAUCAACAUUAAAACCAUCAAAUUCCCCUCACCCGAAGAAACAGGCUUACCCGAAGGUUGCGAGAAUUCUGAGUCAGCACUGUCCCCGGACAAAAUCAUGAAACUCAUGAAGGCUACAACUUUGCUGCAGGACCCACUAGAGCACUUGUUGCAAGAAGAACACCCAAAUUGCAUUGUUGCUGACAUGUUCUACCCGUGGGCAACUGAUUCUGCCGCCAAGUUUGGGAUUCCUAGGAUUGUGUUUCAUGGGUUGGGGUUCUUCCCUUUGUGUGUGUUAGCUUGCGUGAGACAAUACAAGCCUCAAGACAAGGUUUCUUCUUUCAUGGAACCGUUCGUGGUUCCGAAUCUUCCGGGUGAAAUAACACUUACCAAGAUGCAGUUGCCGCAAAUUCCCACGCACGAUGAGCUUUUCGCCAAGUUGUUGGAAGAAUCUAGUGACUCCGAGUUGAAGAGCUUUGGUGUGAUUGCUAACAGCUUUUAUGAACUUGAACCAGUUUACGCGGAUCAUUAUAGGAAAGAGCUUGGAAGAAAAGCAUGGCAUUUGGGGCCGGUUUCUUUGAGCAAUAGGAACACUGAAGAGAAAGUGAGUAGAGGAAGGGAAGCAUCGAUUAGUGAGCACGAGUGUUUGACGUGGCUUCAGUCGAAGGAACCGAAUUCGGUAGUUUAUGCUUGUUUUGGUAGCAUGACAGCUUUCCCUGAUGCUCAGCUUAAGGAAAUUGCAUUGGGUUUGGAGGCUUCUGGUCAACCAUUUAUAUGGGUUGUGAAGAAAGGGUCUAAAAGUGAAGGUGAAAAAUUGGAGUGGCUCCCAGAAGGGUUUGAGGAAAGGGUAGAAGGUAAGGGUCUAAUCAUAAGGGGUUGGGCACCCCAAGUGAUGAUUUUGGACCAUGAAGCGGUUGGUGGGUUUGUGACUCAUUGUGGUUGGAAUUCAGUGUUGGAAGGAGUGUGUGGGGGGUUGCCAAUGGUGACAUGGCCAAUGUAUGCAGAGCAAUUUUAUAAUGCUAAGUUUUUGACUGACAUAGUUAAGAUUGGGGUUGGUGUGGGGGCUCAAACGUGGAUUGGGAUGAUGGGUCGAGAGCCUGUGAAGAAGGAGGCAAUAGAGAAAGCGGUGAAACGGAUAAUGGUGGGAGAGGAAGCAGAGGAAAUGAGAAACAGAGCAAAGGAACUUGGUCAGAUGGCAAGGCGUGCUAUGGAGGAAGGAGGAUCGUCUUACUCCGACUUCAACUCUUUGGUUGAGGAUUUGAGGUCGCGUGCCCAUUGA